UUGAGUGCAACAGGAGAGAAAUCUCCCAGUGAGGACAAACACCAUCAGCAGCAUUUCUCUAAAACACGGCUCCAAUCUCUUCUUUGUCAUGAAUGACACACUGAGGAUUGCCCUGUUGGGGAAAACUGGAUCUGGGAAGAGCAGCCUGGCCAACACCAUCUUUGGGAAGGAAGUCUUCAGACCCAAACAUUUUACCAGCUCAGAGGAGGCUCGCUGUCAGGGAGAGACGGGACACGUUCAUGGCAGGAGCCUCACUGUGAUCGACACUCCUGGCUUUUUCCAUUCAGGUCUGUCUGAGAAGGAGCUGAAGGGUGAGAUAGUGAGGUGUGUCUCAGAGUGCAUUCCUGGGCCCCAUGCUUUUCUUCUUGUGCUGAGAGUGGAGAAAUUUACAUCACAAGAGGAACAGGUCAUCAGGAACAUAGAGGACUAUUUCUCUGCUGAUGUUUUUAAGUAUUCUGUAGUCGUUUUCACACACGGCAACCAGUUGGCUGAUGAAAUGAAGAUCGAGGAGUUUAUUGAACGAAAUCGACCUCUGAAAGAUCUGGUGGCAAGGUGCGGAGAGAGGUGCCAUGUCGUUGAUAAUAAAUACUGGAAAAACAACCAGCCGGAGGAGACCAGAAGCAACUGGUUCCAGGUGGCGCAGCUGAUCAACACCAUUGAAAAGAUGGUGACAAAAAACAAUGGCGGCUGCUACACCACCAGCAUGCUAAAACACAGGCAGAAAGAAGUAUUAGUCUGCCGUUUGUUUAGGAGUUUGGUUACAUAUACAAGAGAAAAGCGUGUGUUCAUUUUUGGUUUGGUGUUGUUUGCAAGUGGGAUUAUUCUGUGGAGAAGAUGGAGAGAACAUCCUACACAGAUCAUCUAAGGCCAGAUAAAAAAGGUGUAAACAUUAUGUCUUGUGUAAAUGUGUCAUGUAUGAUCUAUGUGCAUUCUAAGCCAGCGUCUCACCAAAAUGAUACCAUGAUGACGACACAUGUUCUUGAUUCUUGAAUUGGUUUAAAUCAGUCCGUUUCAUCAAUCAGUUUAUCAGUUUCCAGCAUUUGACUGAUUCUCUGCAGCUUGUUUCAACCAGACAGCCGUACAGUCACAAUUUAAUCGCGGUUUAUAUUGUUGGCCGAGGACUUUCUGGUUUAAAUGUCGCAGCAUUAAGACUGAGGCUUUUCAGGAUAAAAAUCAACAUCUUUAGUCCGACCGAAGUUGUUCUUCUGUGGUUCUCCUACUUUUGACCUGUUCUGUGUUUCUGCGCAUUUCAAUGACAGAAAACUUUACUUCUAACAGUUUUCAGCUGUACAUUUUUGUUUCAUGAAACUAUAAACCAUUUCUGUUUAACCUACAAGUAAUCAUGAUGUGAUUAUCCUUUAUUAUUGUUCAGCCCCGUGGUAAGCUGAACAACUGUAAGCGGUUUAGCAUGAAAUGCCACAGCAGACGCUCAUGUUGAUGAAGCACAAACCUGUCACUAUUCUUUGAAUUCCAUUUGCCAA